CCAGCACACAAUCUUCUACAAUCAUAGUCUUAUCGCAACAAUAAUAUAAUAUUAAGUACAAUAUUAUCGUCGUUCAAUUUUGAAUUUUCCUAGGGGCCAUUCCACGUACACCGACGUCCGAUCAACUGACAUUGUAUUUUACCGUAUACCAUAGUCCAUAAUUUUGUUGGUUGUUAAAUCUGUAGCAGCCUUUGGUUUCAUGGAUUUGUCGUUAGACAGCAGUGAAUAUUGCCAGGCACAACACAAUAAAUUGGAUGUGAAUGCAUACUAAAUCAUUUUAUUUGAAUAUUAUGCUUGCUCGUUGAACAAGCAUUGAUCCUAAUCUAUCCUUAUUGUUGAAUCGUUUUCCUCGAUAAUUUAGUAUAAUUUGUUGGUCAUAAGAACAAAAACGCUGCUGUUAAUUAAUGGACUAAAGACUUGACUGUUUUUGUCUUCAGUUUUCAGUUUGGACACAGAAAUCAUCUUAACAGUAGUACAUCCUUAUAUAAUUUAAUUUUCCUGUUAUAUAUUAUAAAUCGGCUCAAUGAGCAACGAAACUAUAAUGCGUCAAAAAGACAUAAGACCACCACCCUGCGAGAUUGAAUAUAAGGGCAUGCGAUUUCUAAUCACCGAUAGACCUAAUGAUCAGAUAAUUCACAAUUAUGUAGCUGAAUUAAAGAGGCAUAACGUUAAACAUGUUGUGCGUGUUUGCGAACCAACAUACAAAAUAGAUGAAUUGAAAGCAGAAGGUAUUGUGGUGACCGACUUGGCAUACGACGAUGGUACAUCCCCUGCAAAUGAGUUGAUAGAAGAGUGGUUUGAAUUAUUACGAAAUCAGUUCCGUACAGACGAGGGCAGCUGUGUUGCUGUGCAUUGUGUAGCUGGUUUGGGUCGUGCGCCUGUCUUAGUCGCUCUGGCAUUGAUAGAACUUGGGUUGAAGUAUGAAGAUGCCGUUCAGUUAAUCAGAGAGAAACGAAGAGGAGCUAUAAAUUCUAAACAACUGGCAUUUCUAGAAAAGUACCGUCCGAAAUCUAAACUGAAGAUGAAGAAUGGACAUAAGUCUACUUGUUGCAUCCAAUGAACACAUCCCCCUUAUUUCGGUCAAACCAAACUUAAACUAAUAAUCAAUUUUAUGCAUAGCACAAACAUAAUAAUCACCAAAAACACUUAGAGAAACCCAUGAACACUAACAAUUGAAUAUGUACUGCUGUUGCGAUAAAAGAUCUGAUAACCUUACAUCUAGUGUAGUGCAAAAUAAUUAGCGUGUUUAAAGAAAAAUUUAAUCAAAUUGUUAAACGUAAAUAAAUUUAAUUUGCUUUUCCCGAAAAUUUCUUCAACUUUUGCUUUACAUCCUAAAUAAUAUGGAGUUUAGUAAUAUGUUAUUAAAGUAACUUACUAUAAUAAUAAUAAUAAUAAUACAUUUUUUUGUUGUUAUAAAAUAAGACCAUUUACUGUCAAAUAAUGCAUUUCUCAUAACCAAUGUCUUCUAAAAAAUAAUAUUCAAAUCAAAUUGAUAUCAAUAUACAACUAAACUCAUUUUAUACUUUGAUACUAUUUUGUUUAUUUCCAUUAAGUACGAAAUAUAUUAUAAAAGUGCUUUCAAUCACAUAAUAAUAUGAACUUUAAACUUAUGAUUAGUUCUAAAAAUGACGGAGUAGAUGAUCCUGUCUAUAAUCAUACUUUGGAAGUGCAAUUGCGUUAA